AUGGGAGUCCCUGAAGAAGAAGCCCCUCGCCCUCCGUCCGAUAUCACCGUCUUUGGGGCAAACUGCACCCUUCACGGCCUUAGCCAUAUAUUUCUGCCCGGUGGAGUGACCUUUCGGCGUCUGCUUUGGGCUGCAGCCUUCAGCACAUCCCUGUCCAUCUUUCUAUUACAAGUCGCUGACCGUGUUAUUGAAUACUACCAAUAUCCUCAUGUCACCAUUCUGGACGAAAUGGACAGCCCCGAGAUGUACUUCCCGGCAAUUACGCUUUGCAACUACAACAGUUUUCGUAAAUCCCAAAUCCGUCGGAAUGAUCUGUUUUGGAUGGCGGGGCUCUUGGGCGUGGAGCAAGGAGAUUUCGAUGACUUCAUGGCCGCAGUGGGGCAACCGACCGACAACACAAAGUUUUUCCCGAGCAAGACGUUUAACAUGCUGGAGUUUGUACAGAGAACGAGUCACAACAUAGAGGAGAUGUUAUUAGACUGCAAAUAUCGAGGGAAGGAUUGUGGCCCGGAGAAUUUCACCACGCGACAAGAGAAAAAUAGUAAAGCAGGAAGUCUGGCUCGUCUGGUGUCGAGAGGUUACGUGGAAAGAGGCGUUGAGAGAUGA